CUUUUUCUUAAUGUUGAGUGGUGUUAUCAUUAAUUUUAAUUGUUUCUCGUCAUGAUAUGUUUCCUUGGUUCCUGUGGUUGUAGAAAGCACUGAUGUUUAUAAAAUGCCAGUCGAUUUUCGGGACUGCUUUUGGGGAGAAGGAAACCAUGGGUUUGAUGUACUGUACCGUAACAUGAAGUAUGGGUACAUUGUAACAAAAGAUUUAGCAGAAUUUUUCAAGGAAAGGUCUGUUAUUGAAGAAACAAACUCCAAACUUUUGGCCAAGUUAGCUAAGCAUGCUAGCAGUUGUUGCUCACAAGGGAGUUUUGCACCACUAUGGACUAUUUUAAAGACAUCUACAGAGAAGUUGGCAACACUUCACAUGCAGAUGGUUCAGAGGUUUCAAGAGCUUAUCAAAGAUAUUAUUAAAUACUCUGAAGAUCAACACAGGAGGCAUAAAUUAUGCAAGGAGGAAGAAUCUGGAACAUCGGACAUAGUGCAAAGCAUUCAACAAACAACUAUUUCUCUGCAGAAAGCUAAAGAAGCUUUUAAUGCCCGAUCAAUAGAAUAUGAAAAGUUAAAGAGAGAAAAUGCCUCAUUGAAGGAACUUGAAAAAGCUGAAUUAAAGUGCAAGAAAUCAUGUGAAGAUUAUAAGACUUACAUAGAAAAGUAUUCUGCAGUAAGGGAAGAUUUUGAAAAGAAAAUGAUGACUUCUUGUGAGCAUUUCCAGAAUAUUGAAGAAGCUCAUAUCAAACAAGUGAAAAUAUUUCUUUCAAAUUAUGCUCAUGUUUUAGAAAGUGGACAUGCAUUAAUAGGCCAAGUACAUGUCGAGUUUGUUCAACAGUGCAAUGAAAUGGAUGUUGACAAACUUCUAGAAAAUUUAAUUAAUGAAAGGGGUACUGGUGCUGACAAACCUGGUGCUGUGGUCUUCGAGGAAGCAGAUUUGUCUCCCAUUGGACAAAAUCAGUCACCUGAUUCCUCCGAAGUUCAUAGUGAAGAAAAGCCUUACAAGAAAGAAGGUAAAAAAAUGUCCCUCCAUCGCAAAAGCAAACCAUCCCGCCGAACUACUUCCUUACUGGACUUGUUUUUUUCAUCAUCCCUUGGUAACUCCGAGUCAAGUGGAGUAAUCAAUUCAUCCUCAUCUAAUUGUCAGAAUGCUGCCAAUGAUAGUGCCACAAAGCUCCCACCCCCAAACAGUAAUGCUCUGAAUCGGACAAACUUCAGGGCAUCUAAAUACUGGCAAUCUUAUUGGAACUCCUGGAGUUCAGGGUUCCUGAAAAGCAAAAGAGAGAAAAGGAAAGAAAAAAAGAAAAAGAAAAUGAAUGGAAGUAAGGAAGAUACUUCUGUUACCAGUGGAGACAUGGAUUCUCAAAAUGGUGUAGCUACUAGUCCUCAAAUUGAUGCUGAAGGUUUUACAAUAAGGCCUCAAGAACGAAAUCAAGACUAUAUAAAAGAUAAUUUUUAUUCAAGCUCUGAUAAUGAGUCGGAUGAAGAAGAGAAAGAAAGGAAGAUACAUAUUGAAAUAAAGCCUGUAAGUAAUAGUACAGGGAUGAGUGCAAGCAUUGAUGAGCUUAUUGCCACUGUAGGAACAUUUUCCUUAUCUCCAGAUCCUCAGCGAACUGUAAAUAGACCUGCAAGCAGCACAGCAUCAACACCAGAUGAGGGUCCUCUUAAACGUUCUAUUUCUAUGUCAAAUCCUUUAAACAAAGCUGAUUCUGAUGUGUUCAGUAUCUUCAGCCCAAGUGCAUCCAGUGCCUCUACACCAACUGGUCCUGCUGUUGGAGGGUUUCCUAGUCCUAAUAGCAUCAGCAGCAGUAAAGCUCCAUCACUAUCAGAAGUAGCACAAACUACUGAAUCCAAGUAUUCUGUGAUAGGAGAAAUUUCUUCAGAAAUAGAGCCUGAGAUUGCGAACAGUGAAUUCCAAAAAACUCUUCCAACGAGUCGAGGAGGAACCCCAACGGGAUCAAUUCUGCCUCAUGUUCUUCCACGUCCUCCUUCCAGAAGAGCUUUGGAGGCCUCUUCCAGGGGUCGCAUGUCUCCUCUUCCUUAUUCUAUGACAAGAACUGAGAGCAUCGGUAGUCUCACGAAUGAUUUUAAAACAACUUCGAUGCCCGUUGGUUCUUCACGGGGGCCAUCUCCUCUCACCAUUGGAAUGAGUGACACUAUUCCUCUUGCAAUAGCCUUUAAUGAAGUAGUUAAUGCUUGUUUUAAAGGAACAGAUGAAACUAGGUGUCAAGUGCGACUCAUGGGUGAUAUGAAAGUGUCUUUCCCAGCUGGCAUAGUUCAAGUAUUAGCCAAUAACCCUUCUCCCGCUCACCUUAUUUUCCGAGUAUCGAAAGCCAGCAAGUUGGAAAAUAUACUGCCAAAUAAACAAUUAAUAUCAUUAGAUCCUAGUCAAAGUACCAAGGAGCAAUAUGUGUAUGAAUUCAACAUGCAGGCAUUAACAGCUCUAUUAAGGAAACAGUACGAUCAGUCACCUACUGCUUCCUAUUUCAACAUAGACAUUUUGAAAUAUCAUAUCAAAGCUCUACAAGGGGCCAAAAGCACACCGUUACACCUAGUGGCCUACUGGAAGUGUGCACCUUCUUCCACAGAUCUCAGGAUUGAUUAUAAAUAUAAUCCUUCCUCUUUAGCUAGUGCUACUCCACUGACAAAUGUGAACAUCAUUGUUCCUGUAAAUGGAGGAGUCACUGAUGUACAGUCAAAACCAAAAGUGCUUUGGAAUAGUGAUACAAGUCGAGCUGUUUGGAAAAUUCCAGAACUAUCACAGUCUUCUGAUGGCGGAGGUCUUGGUUCCCUCAGAGCUCAUUUUGAUUUGAAUUCUGGUCCCUCCACUGUCUGCGCAUUGGCUGCCCAGUUUAUUUGCAAUAAUUCAUCCUUAUCUGGAGCAGACUUUGAGCUGGUUGGCUUAGGUUAUCGCUUAUCAUUAGUCAAGAAACAAAUCAUUGCUGGCAAAUACUUGUGUGAAUCAGAUCCUGUGACUAACAACUACACAUAAAACUUUUUGGUUACAGUCAUCUGUAUAAUCAUUCCAUUGGUAUAAGCAGCUUAUGCUCUGUUUACAUAAGUUCCCUCAGGACUGCAUUUUGGCCAGAUGCAAUUGUUGACCAAAAGGCUUUGAAGCUUUGAUAUGUUUCGUUUUUGUUGUCAAUAGUUAUGUUACCUGUUUUUGUUUCCUUGUAACUCUGAAGGUUAAUUUGCAUUUUUCAGAAAGCCAUUAAAUUUUUAUUAGAUUUCGUGUUUUAUUCAACCAGUAAAAAUCUGUUUAUAACAUAACCUGCUAUAACAGUAAUAAGGAAUAUGUACAUACAUUGCAUAUUUAAUUACUUGUAUUUUAUUAAUAUUUAUGUUUUUAGGCCCUAAUGUUUGAGAUCUUAAAAUGUUUUUAACCAUUCUAUACUUUGUUUAAUUAUUGAAAGAAACUGUUAUUCCUCAAAUUGAUUAUAUUAUUGUUGAACUUUUAGUUAUUUCAUUUGAGAAUUUUUUAUUAGCUAUUUUAAAAUGUUUUUCAUGUGAACAAAUGAGAAAAAUAUUAAAAAUUUUUUGUGUGCAUGAAUUAGAGUACAAUAUUUUUUAUCUAGAAUUCUUUGUAAUUCAUAUUUUGCUUGUUUAUUUGGAAAUAGCAAAAUCAUACUGGACUAAAUCAUGCUUUUGACUGUGUGUCCCCCC